AUGCAGCUAAAAAGUGAAUUUGCUGCUGACUCAAAAAUCAUUUUCUUAGCAACUUACGCUGGUGAGGAAACCGGAGAAGCGGCCACGUCAACUUUAAGCACUAAUACUUCUGCAGGUACAACUAGUUCACUCGGAAUUUUCGAAUAUGGUAUCGAACUCGAAGGCUCUCAAAAUGAUAUCGUAACUGCGGUGGCUUUACCACCUGUCUUAUUACACAUUCGCCGACGAAGAAGUGAACCGCUCAAAAAUACUGGUAGCGUCAGUUACAAGUACCCAGCUAGAAAGAAAAUCAAGAGUUUCAAGGCGCUAAAAAACUUUGCGGUAGUCACAACAAUAGAUAUUUCAAUGAUCUAA